UUGCACAGAGGCGUUGAGACGCGAUCCGCCUCCGGACUCACAUCCUUGAGCCCGCUGAGAGUCAGGGGCUGCACGUCUUGAGUACAUGGAAGCUUUACCUUUUCGAUGGCCUCCAGAGCGGAGAUAAGACCGUGCGUCGGGUGUCGUUGACGAACUGUGAACGGCUUUAUCGGCUCUCCUGCAGUGUACCUGCAGCGUACCUGCAGCCCGUCUGGAGACCGACAUACCUGAAACUCAUUUCCCGAUCACGGAAUUUGGAUGCCAGCCUCGAGAUCGUAGCAUCUUAUUUCAAUCCAAGCCCGUCUCCCUGAAAGUGUGCUUAAAGCUUCUCGACUUCCAGACCGCAGAUCGAAGUACUUGACCAACUCCUGGUAUUCCAAGAUGCCUUCACUCCUUUUCAAUGUGCUGCUUUUUGCUGUUACGGCCUCUGCUUUUCCACUCUCUCCAGAUGCGCCAUCGCCAUUCAUAACCGACAUCUCCAAGCGUUCCUGCGCAUCCUUCUCUUACGCAACUCGCAUUACUUGCGCCCAUCACUCAACAUCGUUGAAGACGGCGCGGGAGGCAAUAGCAACUGCCUGCGAAGCUGUGUCGGGAUGCACGCCCGGUAAAUCGCCCUAUCCAUUCGGCGCAGGAGUCGCAGGUAACGCCACAGCGGGCGGGUCCGUGACGGCCAUGGUCAAUAUUGGUGAACAGUGUAUCGAUGGAGUCACUGUAUUGAGCCCGAAAAGAUGCCGGAAUGACUUCGAGAGUUUUGUGAGUGCGCAAUGCGGGGAUGGGAGACUGGGCGAUGACAAAUUUGCGUGUGAGCGAUUCUUCAAGUGUGGUCCAUUUAGCUCUGAUGCUGACUCGGUGUUGAACAGUGGGAACAGUGUAUUUCCUGUGCGACGGAAGCGUGUUAUCAAUCGGCCCAACUAUGGGCACGCCGGACUGAUAUGAGGAGGAACGCCGAUUCAUGAAGAACGAUGCCGUAUGAUC